AUGAUCAAGAACAUUCGCUUUCGCACCUACGACCUGGGUGGCCACGAGACAGCGAGGCGCAUCUGGAAGGACGCAAGUGAUGUCGAUGGCAUCGGGUUGCUUUCGACAUUGUGGCUGCUUACACAUGCUGACCACUGGGGUCGGCUGAGCUAUGAGGGUAAGAGGUCGUCUGAACAGUUCCAAGAAUGUUCCUGGAACGUUGUCGGUCAGAAGUGUCCAAAAGCAAGGGGGGGCAAGAACCAUACCUUGGCGGCUGUUGAGAAGGACAUACCUCGAGAAAGAACCAUAACUUGGCAGACUACUUCGCCACCGCCGCUGCCCCAGCUGGAGCUUAAAGGGCUGACCAUGCUCUUGUCUAGGACGGCACCAGCAGAUUGGGAGGAAAAUGUUGCACGAGCCGUCAUGGCCACGUUGAAGUCUUUUUGCACGAGACGGCUUGGCCGAAGGGAUCAAGGAGGAGUCGUUGGGCCCGAGGACGCUUUGGACGAGAGACUCUUCCAGAGACUCAAGGACCGGCCCGAGGUGCAACGAUGCAGAAAAGCCCGAGAGAAAGCCCGAGAGAAAGCCCGAGAGAGCCAGGACAUUCUUACUGUGGCCGUGGCGGACGGUGGGUUGUCCGAGCAGCAGGCAUUGCAGACACUGGCAGCCACGGAGUUACCCAAGUUGAAGUUCAUCGUCCGAGACCGAGCUCACAGGAUGCGAGCGUGUCAGCGCAGCACGUGGACGAGCUUGACCGAGAUGUGCGGCUUGUUGGACAUAUUGGUGACAGGGGAGCACUCCGUCGCCCGAGUCCUGGAGAAAUCCCGGAAACUGGGUUUGUGGUUCGAGGCGAGCCAGCCGCCCGAGUCCGAGACCGAGUUUUGUCGCACGUUGAGGAGUUUCUCGUUUGCCAUGCAACGGUUCGAGUCCGCGUCUUUGCCCUUGUUCAAGAUUCUGAAGGCAUUGCCCUCGCUGUACGAGUUUUUGGCCCGAUGCUGUGAAGAGGGUGAUCCCGAGGAUGUGACAUGGGCAGAGAACGUGUUAGGCCGGAUGACAGGUGAUGGUGCCACCAAGGCAGUGGUGCGUUCAGCCGUCGUGUGCGACGCGAUGUUGUCACCGGACGACGCAUGCCUGUGCGGAACUCAGGCCGAGCGUCCGAAAAUGGUUGCACGAGUCCGAGUAGCAGUAAAGUUUGCGUCCGAGAUCAUGCACCAGAUGAGGCACCUGUUCAAGGAGGGGAACCUUCUGACUGCAGACAAGUCCGUGACAGUGGAGGCCAUGAACACCUUGAAGAAACUGGGUGCCGUCCGAGUGCUUGGCCGACGCCCCCGUGGCUCCAGGAGUGCAAGGCCCGAGCACGUGCUCAGUGUCUGGCAAACAACAUCCGAGGCAGAGAUCCGCAAAGAUCUGCGCAGAGUCUACAAGCUUGUGGACGCCUACUUCCGAGCGAACUUUCCCUUGUGGGAGUAUGUGAAUUCUCUUUCUGCACUGGACGUGCAUGCGGACCUGAGUAUGAGGCAGCGAGAAACGAUGAUCGGCCGAGUCGCAAAGCAGUGGAAUUUAGACGGCAAGAUGCUCUGGAAGCAGUUCUGGGGACAGGCGGAGGAUCACGGACCUGGCCAUGGUCUCUUUGCUCGAGCCUUGUGGCACGCGAAGAAUCCCAGCCAGCAGCCAUCCAAGCAGGCCUGGGUGAAGACCCUGUCCGAGCUGAGAAAGAGCCAGAUCCGAAACAGGUACGAGGCCGUGAAGCUCAUCAAGCAUUCGCUCGUGUUCAUGACGUCCACCUGCAAUGUGGAGCGGUGGUUGCACGAGAUCAGCUUGACCGAGCAGAAAAGCAGGGCUCAUCACCUCAACAUUUUCCGGCUCGAGGAUAGUGUCAAACUCAACGUUCAGAACAUGAGUGGCCGAGCCAGUGUCUUCCAGCCCGAGUCCCUCACUACGUCCGCGACCGAGAGUCGAGAUCGGCAGGUGCGUUGGCAGGCAAGCUACUUUGGCCUGCGAGCCCAAAAGGCUUACGCUGAGUUUUACGGCGAGAAGCAGUUACCUGCCCGAGACCUCCUGUCCGUGCAAGAGCGCAAUGACAAACCGAGGUUGGCACCAUUGCGGGCGAGCUCGAGCAAAUCCAUAGCAGCCCAGAUGAGGCAACACAAGGAGUCACUCGACAGUGCUGUGCGAACGGGCGCAAAAGGGUCCCAAGACACGAUGUCCGAGAUGGUUGCGGAAGCGCCCGAGCAGAACCAGGAGGUGGUGACGCCAGAGUCCGUGGCGGACAAGGAUGAUACGAUGGAAGAUGAGGUCAUCAAUGCCGCAGUGGCUUCGCAGAUCGAGCUCGUCAAGAAGCGAAAAAAGGUUGAUUUUGGCACGAAGGCAGGCUGUGUACCUGCAUAUGUCCAUGCAACAGGGUCCGUGGUUGGCCCCAUGGCCGCCAAUGCUCCGAGUGCUGCCCGGGCCAAAGCCCCCAAGCUUGGCAACACUGUCUGCGUCAAGAUGGCGCACGGUGCCCACUGGCCCGAGAAUGUGAGUGCCCGCUUCCGCUUGACCAUGGACUUUGCGUCGGCCGACGUUUUAAUGGUCGCCAACAUAUCCGAAGGGCUUUACUUGCGGGAGGCACUGGAAGCCAGACUGAGAGGAGUCCGAGUUUGCGACCGAGAUUUCAUUCAGACCGCAAUGCAGAAGGGCAAUUGUUACGCCUUCCAACGAGCCUUGGACCUGCGCUUUCACUUGUUUGUGCAGGUAGAGUCGCCAUGGUUUCAAAUUACAUUGCUGCAGAGCAUGAGAAGUGAUGUCAGAGACGGGCCCUGGACCGAAGCCUGGAUGGGAGAGUCUCUGGCAGAGGCAAUCAUCUUGGUCAAAGAGUUCCUUAAGGUCUCAUCUUCUGAUAUCUUCGAGCAAUUGGUGGCUGGAUCUGCUAGAAUUUCGCUCGGGCAAGUUAUCAAAGCGGUGAAGCUCUCCAAGGCGAGAGGAACCUCGAGGGAAGAGCUCGAGUCGAAGCAGAGGGAACGUUGGGCGUUGCAGCUUGUGAUGUACAUGCGCGAUGCUAAUCUUCCUUGUGUGGCACGUAUGGAAGCACUUGGCGAAACGAAAUCUGCAUGGAUUCGCAUGUUUGGCAGCCGUCGAGCAAAGACCCUGCGCAAUCGAGCACAGGCCUGGGGUCGUUUUAGACGAUGGUUGGAAGUCAGCUUCAACCUCUAUUGGCCUGGGUCACCUGCGCAUCUUUUCAGAUACAUGGAAGAGCGGGCAGAAUGCAAGGUCAUGGGGAAAACUGUUCCGAACUGUCUGUUGUCUUCAGUUUCAUUGCUUGAGACACUGGGGCAGGUCCCCCCCGAGGACCGUCUCAGUCAAGACCCUAUGGUGCUGGAGACUUUCCGGUCAUGGACCAUGGAGCUGGAGGCUCAGGCGCCAGCAGUGCGACCUGCCCCUAUGUUCACUGUUGCAAUCAUGCUUUCGCUGGAGAUGGCUGUUUGUAAGAGCACUGGACCGAUUGGCUUACGGUGGACAGCAUUCGUUUUGCUUCUGAUGAUCUGGGGGACGCUGAGAGCAGACGAUGUUCAGAACAUUGAUCCAGAUACCCUGAAGUUUUCACAGAUUGGAAUGCGAUUUGUCAUGAAGAAGACCAAGACCAGUGGGCCAGGGCGAAAGGUUGGAGAAUUGCAUGGGUUCAUCUCGAGAGUGGCAGGACUGUCAGGAUUUGAUUGGAUGCUCGAAGGAUCCCGAUUGGCGUCAUCGGCGGAGCUGAGGUGGUCGAGGGAUUUUCUUUGUCCAAUUUUCACGGAAGAUUGGGAUCAUGGCAGUCGUGUUUACAUGGAUGGCGAAGGGCUGGCUAUUCAGUGCAGACGGCUGCUCAAGUCGCUCAUGGCACCGGUCCGAGGCAGUGGGAAUACUUGGGGCUUGAACAGGACGCGUUUGGUCCCCGAUCAGCUCGUGAUGUUUUGGUCGGGACAUAGCGCGCGACACACUCUACCAAGUCUGGCAGCGGCCCUGGGAGUUGAGAAGGACCGCCGGGAUUUCUUGGGGCGUUGGGCGUAUGCGCAGCAUGGAUCACAGGAUUACAUUCUGACUAGUCGGCAGGUGGUACAGGCGAUUCAAAAUCAUGUUUCGAAAUGCCUUUUGCUGGGAAACGCAGACGGUGGAUACAUGGAAGAGGAGCUGCUUCAUUCUAUCAAGGCCUUUGCUGACGAUAAUGGCAUAAAUGGCGCUGCCGUGGUUCUGGGACAUGAGGUUUUGCUUUGGGAUGAUGAGAAGCAAUGGUGGUCUUUGAAUGGGAAAUUUCCUUGUAUGAAGGUGGGGCCUGACCGCGUGGUCGCUUCAGCUGGUUCCAUGGAUGCAACACUUCCUGGACCGUAUUCGGCUGUGGAAGUCGAUGACAUGCCGGAGGCACCAUACUUCAUUACAAUUUCACGCCGGGGAUUUCGUCGAUUGCACUUGAGCAAGAGCUGCGCGGUGCGGCAGGAGCGAUGUGCUGAGACGACUCCCGUUUUCGUCUUGAAGGAGGGGAUCGCCGACGCAGUUUGCAAACUCUGCCGGCCAAAGAUGGAUGCGUGCCCUGACUCUUCCAGCAGUGGUUCAGAGUUUACUGAGGAAGAGCCUCUGGGAGCAGCCGGUGAAGUGGUGCAAUCGGAUCGCAUUGCAAUGGCGGGGCCACCGCCCGGCCCGCCGGCUGCACUCACGCUGCCGGCCGGCGUAUCGAACGAUGAUGCGCUGGACUACCUGGACAAGAACCUCACGUCUGAUCUGCUUCAUAUCCUCCAGGAGUGUGGAGUGCCCCUCGCACUGCAGUACAAAUUGGGGAGUGAUUUCAAGAAUGUGAAGAGGUUUGCAGCAUAUGCGGAUUCACGGACCGGGGUGCGGGAGGCCCUAAAAACAGAUCAUACCCUGGAACCUGCAGAUCAAGUGACACGUGCGGCUGUUGCAUCAGUGGUUUCAGCAUGGGAGUCGUGCAAGGAGUACAGUUCGAAGGAAUCUGAGCUACGUGCAGAGGCCAAAGUUCUUGGGAUCACGAGACCGGUUACGCAGACAGAACGUCAAGCCAUGCGUGCAUCUUUUGAGGCAACAUAUGGUAAAGUGGAGGAGAGCUUUGAGCCUUCGGACGACUAUGUUUCCACGAAGAUGGAGGAGAUCGAGAAUGGGGAGUUGUCAGCAUCGAGCCUUUCAGAAGUUACAAGCCGGAAGCAAGUGAAGACCAUGGGGUUACAAACUUCAGUGGACACUGGGGGUCAUGUGCGGAUCGUCAAGCAACGGGCUAAGGGGGUGAUGCCUCAGAACACUGAGGAGCUUCGUGCGGUGCUGCGUGUUGAGGGGACGGCUUUCUGUUAUCUGGCUUCAAAGUAUCGCAACAAGGUGCUCUUCACAGGCAUGAAUCCGACAAUCUGGUUGGACUACGCGAACUAUCUGCUGGGGGAGAAAGUCUAUCGCAUGCAAAUCCCCACAGGCAGCAAGGGAUCCGGCAAGCAGGAUCAAAUGACGCUUCGACCACCCUGGACCGUCAUGCUGACGUAUGAGUACGAAUUACGCAAAGAAGCCAUCAAGCGUGCAGUUCGAGAAUCCAGAGAGCUACGAGUUACGCUCAAGGAGGUGUGCGAUGAUCCACAGCUGAAAGAGCAAUUCUUUACGGCGCCCAUCGCUCUGGGAGGACAUCGGAUCAAAGGGGAUGGCUGGAAGGGCGAUGGUUGGAAGCGUCAAAACGCUUAUCCCGACUUUGGUGGAGAGCAGCCAUGGAAGUGGCAGAAAGGAGGCUCAUUUGCUUUGCAUACUCAACUUCUGGUUGCGACGGAUCAUGUGGCAUGGUUCACUGCUGCCAAGUUCGGAGUUGUUUCGGUGAUCACCCAACCUGGAAGCACUGGCAAGAGCAUUUCGCGAAGUCGGGGAAGCAGACCGUACUUCCUUGAACGCUGGUGUGAUGCGCACGCCUUUGAAUUAAUUCUACGUGAGGUUGACGUGAAGCGUUCGCCUAAUGAUGAUUUAUCACAGUCCUCACUCUGGGAGAAUAUCUUCUCGGAGCUCCGUGCGGGACAAUGGGACAUCUUGAUCUGCAGCCCGCCUUGCGGCACGUACUCUCGUGCCCGACACCGAUCUGUCGGGAGCGGAUCCGGACCAGUUCCUCUUCGCAAUUGCAUGCAUCCAUGGGGUUUUCCUUGGCUUUCCGAAUCGAAUGCAGCUCUAGUCAAGAUUGCCAACUACUUUGUCAAACAAUGUUUGGAGGCGAUCGGAUAUCAAUGUGCAGCGAACAGAUUUUACAUCUGGGAACAUCCCGAGGACUUGGGUGUCACCGAGACUGGGGAUGUCCCGGCAAGUAUUUGGCAACUUGCUGAAAUCCGAUCGCUCGACGGUUUUACUUGGGCGGUUCAUCAAUGCGCCUUUGGAGCCUUGCAUCCCAAACCAACUCGCUUCUUGUCCAAUCUUCCACUGGCGGAACAGUGGUCCAAUGGCUGGCCCACCUUUGAUGCUGAUGGGGGCUACACUGGUCCUUUGACUUGGUGCAACCACGAUUGGCAUGAAUCAAUGAUGGGUUGGGACGUUUCCUCAGGCACGUGGCGCACCGCUGGAUCUGAAUGUUACCCACCUCUACUUUGUUCGCAUCUUGUUGAUUGCAUAACAUCUUCACAGAAACAGACCGAUCUUCCUGAAGCACCGGCCGAUGCUGAGACCUUGGCCCAGUCUCUCCUUCAUCGGAUGGAUGCCCUCGCACCCGACGACUUGCAGCCUCUUGCUGAACUCCUGCCCCGGGAAGCUUCUCACAAGGCUGCUGGGCAUCAACGUGAAGGCGCUUUCUUCGCCGGGGCCUAUGCCCGAGGCGGUUUCGUGGGACUGCGCUCCUCAUGCCAUUCUUUCCCAUGUUCCAUCAAGGUUCUGACCGCAGCUCUUCGAGGCGCCUUUCCAGGACAAUGCUUCUCUACGCUGGUUGUUUUCACUAACACACUGACGGCACCUCACAAGGACGUGCACAAUGCUCCAUUUCCCAAUUUGCUUAUGCCACUUUCCAAGUUUACUGCUGGGCAAGUUUGGCGGGAAGAUUCCGAGGGCGAUGUCUAUCGCACAGUGGCCGGCCAGGCCCGACCUGGUUGCUUGUUGGACGUGGCCGCUGGACCCUGUUUGCUGGACGCCCACAAAUAUCUUCAUGCCACGGAACCCUGGCACGGCUGCCGCAUCGUCCUCGUAGGGUUUACGGUUCGCCACCUACACCUUCUUUCACCUGAGCAAGUUGCCUUGCUGGCUGCGCUGGGCUUCGUCUUGCCCGAUGCAGACCGCGCACGCAUGGGGGAACACGCUCCUGCAUCGGUCAUGGUACAAAAGGCGUCUGGGGCAGCCGUGGCGAACCCCUCGACAAAAGCCAGUCAGGAAGUGAUCACAGUGGAUUCGGGGGAUGAGCUUCCGGAAGAGACUGCAGACAUUGAACCUCCUUUUGAUCCGCGUACAAGCCGGGCAUUUGGGCAACCUUUGAUCUGUCGUCAUGAUACAGGCAAGCGAGUCUUCGUUGAUGGCUUCGGACUAUGCUCCCCGGGCCGUUGGCCACCGGGCCAAAGGGGACAGCUGAAUUCAUGGGAGGAGAGCUUGCAUGCUGAACGGAUGCAAAGGAUCUUGCGUAACUUCGUUUUGGCUGAACUCCCUGACAUUCGGAAGUCUGCUUUCCUCUUGGCUGCCGGAAGGUUGGAAUCGAGUCCCUUCACACAAUCCGCCCUGGACAGACUACGUGGUGAGCUGGCGGGAACACUGCCCGAUCCGGCCCUGGCGCUUCGGGUUCCUGACCGCCAGCCUUUCUUGUUGUACAUGCUAGCGCAAUCUCUGCGGAUCUUGGGAGACCCUGACUGGGAGAUUCUGACUCAAGGAACGGAGUGCUUUGCAGAAGGCGUGCCAUUGGGUGACGAGGAGCCGCUGCCCCGUACGCCGCAGGUUUUUGCCCGUCGUGAAAAGUUCCGAAAACUGGAUGCAUCACCUUUUCAAGCGAUCAUGGACAACUACACGUCAGCAGAAUUGUCCUCUGAGCAACUUGAGGAGCAUUUUCGGGCUGAUGAGCAGAAAGGCCGCAUGCUGCCGACUACGGAGGGAGCAGUGGCUCAGGAGUAUGGUCCGGGGCAGCUUUUGGUAGCCGCCAUGGGUGCAGUGGAGAAACCCAAUGGUGACAUCAGACCGCUGCACGACGGAACUCACGGCGUCAACUUGAACAAUCGGAUACGCAUCUUGGACAAAUUGGAGACACCAGGACCUGAUGAGGUGUUAGAGAUGGUUUCCCUUGCACGCGACUCGGGCGAAGCAGUGUUCGCUAUCUCUGCCGACAUAUCCCAAGCUCAUCGCCAGGUGAAGGUCAGGCGAAAGGAUUGGCCUAAAAUGGGGUGCCGUUCCAGUUCGACAUCGCGUACCGUAUGGCUCAAUACUGUCGGCACAUUUGGCAUCAGCUCCGCCGCCUACUGGUGGAGCCGGCUGUUCGGAUGCAUUGGGAGGUGGGUGCUACGCAUCUUGACCACGCUCUGGCAUAUGGAGGUGGUCUACGUGGAUGAUUUACACCUCGUGACCGCUGGAGACCCAAAAUUCCUUGUGCUUUGGAUGGCCCUGGCGGCGUACGAGGCAAUCGGCACACCUUUUGCCUACCACAAAUUCAAAGGUGGGAUCAAGGUUGAUUUCGUGGGAUAUCAUAUCGCAUGUGAUCAAUGGUCUGCAGGGCUCUCAUCCAAACGCACGAAGUGGAUAGUGGGCUGGAUCAACGAUCUUGAGGCUGCGAGUUGGAUGGUAGUGGGUCGUGCCAUGGUAGAGUUCACUGGCAGGAUGACUUUUGUUGGUAGAUUGCUAUUGUGGCUAAAACCUUUCUUGGCUCCGCUGCAUUCUUGGUGUGCAGUACUGGCAAGGGGAACAACAGCACGUGUUCCCACGAUGGUUUAUCUCUCGCUCAUCUACAUCCGGAAGAAUCUUUUGCUGACACACCACUUGGUGCCCGCUUUGCGGCAGGCCCCCUUUGUGACCCAGUCUUUUCGAACCGAUGCGAAGUGUGAGCGUGGACGUGUCGUCUUGGGCGGUUGGUCCCUUGCCAAAGGGAACGUGCCGGCCAAAGCAGACUGGUUUUCUGUUGAAGUCACACCGACAAUGGCGCCUUGGUUGUUUAAGGAGGAUGGAGCAAGCGAAUGGGCAUCAGCCAGCGCCGAGUUGCUGGCUUCUUAUCUGGCCUUGUUUGCAUUUGGUCACCUUCAGGCUGCUGGAUGUCGCAAUGUCAUGUUGGCAACGAUCUAUGGUGGAACAGACAAUCGGUCGAACCCUCAGGCCGAAGCAAAAGGGUCAUCUACGAAGUGGCCGCUCAUGGGGCUGCUGAUGCAAAUGUCUGCGACACUCCUUCAUUCCAAUCUGCGUGUGAAGCUGCAGUGGAGGCCACGGGAAGAGAACACGGAGGCCGACGAUUUGACAAAUGGUGACUUCUCGAAAUUCGACAUGUCGUUGAGGAGGCCGGUUUCCUUUUCCGAUCUGAAGCUGGAUUUGUUUGAGGAAUUGAUGGCUUGCUACGAUGAGUACGAAGCAUCGAAGGUGGCCUUGAGAGGACGGAACCCAAUUCGGGAGAAGGCUUCGAAGAAACAGAAGCUGGCCGAGAAGACUCCAUGGUGA